GGGAAAGUUUUGGAAAUGCCCUGCUGAAAUCCGAGCGAUACAUUUGAAUAAAGGUACCUUAUAGAGGAUUCACUUCAUACUUAAAAAUGCCUAUGAUUAUAUGUCUUGCAAAUUACAACGUUCAAACUUCCAAUAAUCAAAUAAAAUGCAUUUAAUAACUGACUGAACCAAAGCAACCUACAGUAAAUCAAAAAUCCUCUGUCUCUGACUAAAUCUGUCCUCAGAAAAUGUAAACUGAUGUAGUUUUUAUUUUUACGUCACACAGCUUCUUCCCUACCCUGACAUCAUCUUUGUCCAGUAGAUGGCGAUAGAUUUUUUGGGAGAGGAAAGUUUUCUUCAGACGUUGAUCUCGCAGGAAUCCUCAUCCACCAAUCACAUGAACGUAUUCGUAAACGUUACCAUAGCAGUGCGAACCAAUCACCGGAGCGUUUUCAGACAUUUAAACCGUGUGGCGUCAUUUUCGCUGAAUUCAAACUGCAGCGGCAGAGGACAGAGAACGGCCCGAGUUCCUCCUGUGCACCCCACGUUUUCUGAAAGAGGUCGUGUGAAAACCUGGAUAAGAUGGCGCAGUUUGGGUUUGAGAACGACAUCCACAGUAUUUUGAAGCUGGAUAUGCCCAUCACAAACGCUCCCAUGGCGAGGUGGCAAAGAAAGGCCAGCUCAUCAAACACAUCCGCCUUGAACGGUUUGUCGCCUGGAAAAUCUGCCAAUGUGUCGCUAAGUUCAUCAAAAACACCGAGCAAAACACCAGGCAAAAAUAAAAAACAAACGCCCUCUAAGAUGGGAGGCGACCGCUUCAUUCCCGUCAGAAACAGCAAACAAAUGGAUGUGGCAAGUUUCCUGCUCACAAAGGAGAAUGAGCCAGUGGACACAAACAAUACAACGGGAACAUCAGAAAACCAGAAAGCCUGGUCUAUGUCACUGAAUGGAUACAACAUUGAAGAUGCAAAGAUCCUGCACCUGGGAGGGAAACCACUGAAUGCACCAGAGGGAUAUCAAAACAACUUGAAAGUCCUCUACAGUCAGGGUGCAACUCCGGCUUCAACCAAAAAGACGAGAUACAUAUCUUCAACGCCUGAAAGAAUCUUGGACGCUCCUGAGCUUCGAAAUGAUUUCUAUUUAAAUCUGUUUGACUGGAGCAGUCGAAACAUUCUUGCUGUGGCUCUUCAUAACAGUGUUUACCUGUGGGAUGCCAGUCAAGGCGAUAUCACUCUUCUCAUGAAGCUGGAGCGUGAGGAGGACUACAUCUGCUCAUUGUCCUGGACCAAAGAGGGAAGCUAUCUUGCUAUUGGCACCAGUGAUGGCAAAGUUCAGUUGUGGGAUGUUGAAAACCAAAAGCGUUUACGCAGCAUGGCCAGCCACACGGCUAGAGUUGGUAGCCUGAGCUGGAAUGACUAUGUUCUUUCCAGUGGCUCUAGAUCAGGACACAUUCACCAUCAUGAUGUGAGAGUGGCAGACCAUCACAUCUUCACACUCCAUGGUCACUCACAGGAGGUGUGCGGGCUGAAGUGGUCUCCUGAUGGGCGAUACCUGGCCAGUGGAGGCAAUGACAACUUGGUGUGUGUCUGGCCCCGUGUGCAGGAGGGCAGCGCCAGCAAUGACGGCCAGUCGGUCCGCUGCUGGAGUGAACAUCAAGGAGCUGUAAAGGCUUUGGCCUGGUGUCCAUGGCAGCCAAAUAUCCUUGCAUCUGGAGGUGGUACCAGUGAUCGUCACAUCCGUAUCUGGAAUGUAAACAGCGGCUCCUGCAUCAGUUCACUUGACACUCAGUCCCAGAUCUCAUCACUGAUGUUUGCACCCAACUACAAGGAGCUGGUCUCUGCCCAUGGAUAUGCCCACAACAAUGUUGUUAUCUGGAAGUAUCCCUCUCUCACUAGAGUCGCAGAGCUUGCUGGCCACGAGGACAGAGUUCUCAGUUUGACUCUGAGCCCAGACUGCUCCACCAUUGCGACUGUUGCUGGAGAUGAAACUAUUCGCCUGUGGAAGUGCUUUGAAGUGGAUCCUGUUAAGAAGAAGGCCAAAGACAGGAUGGUCAAAUCAACUAGCAGUGUCAUUCAUCAGUCUAUCAGAUAAUUUCCUUUGUUGUGAUUUGAGGUUUUUUUUUUUUUUUUUUUUUUUUCUUUUUUUUUUUUUUUGCAGAAUGAAUUUGCAAGUGUUUUAUUUAAUCAACAAUAAAGAUUCCACCCAGUGUUUUAGCCAUAACUGGAUUCUUACUGUUCCUGUUAAUGGUAUAAUGGCUUGUUCUUCUCAAUUGUUUACCAUAUUGGCAGACCUGUAUAAAAUACAAGUGUUGGCCUUCAACACUACUGUUCUGGAACUCUAUUUAUGACCUUCACUUAGCUUAUAUUGUAAUCAGGAUGCAUUGUAUACAAUGGGCUACGCUAUAAAUAAAUGUUUUAACCUUU